AUGAUGGAUUUUCUCGAUGGUAACCUUAAUACGAGUGCAAUUGGUUUUGGAUUAUGUAUUGAUGAACAAUGUAUUUAUGCAGUUGGUGGAAAUGAUCUUGACAAUAGACCAUUAAGUGAUUGUUAUUGUUUAAAAAUAAAAAAUUCUAAUGAAACAUGGAUAAAAUUACCUAGUCUUCCAGCGCCUACAACUGGACCAGGUGUUGGUGCACACAAUGGUGUAUUACAUUGCAUUGGAGGAUAUGAUGUUCUUGGUAAUCGAUCAAUUAUUCAUGGUGAACAUCUUAUACUUCAUUAUCCACAAGAUAAACAAUGGCAAUAUGCACCUGAAUUAAAUAUUGUUCGUGUUCGACCAUUAGUAUUUGUUGAUCCAAAUGAAACAAUUCAUGGACAUAAUGUUUAUGUUGCUGGUGGUUUUAAUAUUAAUCCACAUACUCAUAAACCAUAUAUUGUAGCUGAUCUACAAUUAUUUAAUCAAAUAACACAAUCUUGGCAGCAAUUAACAACUAUUCCAAAUUUAGAAUCAUCACACGAAUUAUCAUUUGAUGAUGAUAAAUUAUAUGUUAAUGAAAUAAUUGAAUUACCUGAUCAAAUGCCAAUAAUAAAUAAUUUAUGUAGUUUUGAUCUUCGAAAACUUAGUUGGAUGAAUACAACAAAUGAUAUUGAUGAUAAUAGAAAAAUUAAUGCACAAAAUUCUAUGAAAAAAACUUCAUCAACGUCACCAUUUUUUCUUUCACCAGAUAAAAAUAAAAACAAAGAAAUUAAAACUAAACAAAAUGAGAAGAUCAACAGAUCAGAUUCACUUCCAAAAACAACAAUAUCAACAUUAAAAUUACCAAACUCAAAAAAUACAACAAACUAA